CAGCGGCGGCGGCGGUGUAUCGGUGACUGCUGGCUGAGAGCGCCUGAGAAGAGACACACGGAGGAUUGUUCCCAGCUUCUCCCCCCACACACACACACUCACAAACACCGGGAUUUAUUACGCUGACGCAAUUUGCGGAUUUGCGGAGCAUCUAUCGAAUCUUCCGCUGUGUGACCCGGUAAGGUACGGAGAGGGGCCAUCAGACGUGAGCAGCUGCAGCACAACAAGGUGGACUGUGACUGUGGCUUGGAGUGGAUGGGCCCCUGUGUUCUCCCAGCCAAUAAUCCAUCCCUCCAUCUUACCGUCAGCCGGAGGAAAGAUCUGAUGACAGGACUGCAGAGAGUGGAGAGAAAAGACCCCCUGCUAUGGCCAGUGCUGAUGGUGUAGGCAACCUGGGUGCUGAGCAGAACCACAUUAGUGUUCCUGUCGCUGAUCAUGGAGCCUGGGCCACGGCCAUGAACAACCUGGGCAUCAUGCCCAUGGGCAUCAGCGGGCAGCAGCUGGUUUCAGAUUCUCUGUGUAUCCAGAGAUUCGACCCUGGGCUGGGACUCAUUGCACCCAUAAACCCCAUGAUAGCAGGAAUCAGCCUGGUCCCCCCUCCACCCGUUCCCCCCGACAUGCCCGUCAUCAAGGAGAUCAUCCACUGCAAGAGCUGCACUCUCUUCCCUCAGAACCCUAACCUUCCUCCUCCCUCGACACGGGAGCGCCCUCCCGGCUGUAAGACAGUAUUUGUGGGGGGUUUGCCAGAGAACGCCACAGAGGAAAUCAUCAGGGAAGUGUUUGACCAAUGUGGGGAGAUCACCGCCAUCCGAAAGAGCAAGAAGAACUUCUGCCACAUCCGCUUCAGUGAGGAGUUCAUGGUAGACAAGGCUAUUUACCUGUCAGGGUAUCGGAUGCGUAUCGGAUCCAGCACUGAUAAAAAGGACUCUGGGAAGAUCCAUGUAGACUUUGCCCAGGCCAGAGAUGACCUUUAUGAGUGGGAGUGUAAACAGCGCUUACUGGCCAGAGAGGAAAGACACCGCCGCAAGAUCCACGAAGACAGACUGCGGCCACCAUCUCCCCCUCCGAUUGUGCACUACUCUGAACACGAGGUAGCACUGUUAGCAGACAGACUAAAAGAUGAUCAUAAGUUCAGUGAGGCCAUAGCCAUUCUGUUCACCUGGAUCGACAGAGGCGAAGUCAACCGCCGCACCGCCAAUCACUUCUACUCUAUGAUCCAGUCGGCCAACAGCCACGUUAGACGACUGAUGAGUGAGAAAGCUCAGCAUGAAGAGGAGUUGGAGCGUGCCAAAGAGGCCUUCAAGAAUGCCCUGCUGGCUAUAUUAAAUCAGUUCGAGCAGAUCACCGCCGUUUUCACCGCUGCCACCCGGCAAAAGGCAUGGGACCAUUUCUCAAAAGCACAGCGCAAGAACAUAGACAUUUGGCGCAAGCAGUGUGAGGAGCUGAGGAACGCCCACAGCGAAGAGAUCAUGGGCAUCAGACGGGAAGAGGAGAUGGAGAUGUCGGAUGACGAGUCGGAUGAAAGUCCUUGCAAGAAGAUGCGCACUGAGGAAAAUGGAGUGUGUGAUCAGACUCAGGCCUCUCUGAAGGAGGAGAACGACUCCCUGCGCUGGCAGCUGGACGCCUACAGGAACGAGGUGGAGCUCCUGAGGAAGGAGCAGAGCAGAGCCAGCCGCCCAGAAGACGAUCACUCGCACACACACCCUCACAGCCCAGAGGCUCAGAUCCAGCUGCUGCAGCAGAGCAUGCACAGCAUGCAGCAGCAACUUCUGAACCUACAAGAGAAGCUAUCGAGCAAGGAAACUGAGCUGGAGCAGGCAAGAGAAGAGCACCGCUACCUGGAGGGGGAGGUACUCAGCCUCAGAGACAAGCUGCUGAGCAGUAAUGGGGAGACUGUGGAAGGGACCAACGGCGAGCUCCAUGAAAAGGGGAUCAACGGGUGUGUUCCUUCUCUGUACCACAGCAGAGACCGGAGGACCGAGCUUAUCACAAGAGGAGUCAUCACUUCAGAAAAAGAGGCUCUGCUUCUUGGCAUUAUAUCGACCUUCCUCCAUGUCCAUCCAUUUGGGGCCAACCUCGAGUAUCUGUGGUCGUACAUACAGAGACUAGACUCCAAGGUAUCUGCAGGGGAACUGGAGCGGCUCAUGGUCCGUCUGCCCAGUAUGUUCAGGCAGGAGCUGAGUGGCGUCGGUGCAACUCUGGAAAAAAGAUGGAAAUUCUGCGGUUUUGACACACUGAGUUCAGCGUGACACAGGAGUGGCGCACACACACACUGCGAAGACACACCAACGUGAACAGAUGUGCACAAUGCCUCGGACCUUUAAUUCACAUGUGUGUGUGCGCAUGUUCUUCAGACACACGGCAGUGCAGUAGACAACAGAUGACGUUCACUCAAGCAGACACUGGAAACUGUGAAAGCGACGGAUUUUUUUUUUUUAGAAUCCCAAAAGACAUUUCACCUCUGGAUGCUGGGUUCAGGUGAAAUAACAUUUCUUUUCCUCACUGCAGAUUGUCACCACGGUGAACUGCAACAGGGCGUUAUAGACUAUCGUCGGUCAGCGCGGAAGACACACCCUCUGUCUGUCCUCUGAAGUGAAUCAUGGUCCUUGGUGUCUUGCUGUCGGUGCAGUUUGGAGUCUGAAAAAUCCAGCAACAACCGAAACAUCACAGACAGAGAGUUUAAAAAAAAUUUAUACCAAAGUUGAACGUUAAAAGAUUUGAUGCCAAACCUCAUUUCCCUGGCAGAUAAAUCAUCUCCUACUUGGUCCAAGAACUGGCUGUGCAAGGGAGUUUUUUGCUGGGCUUCCUGUGGCAUGAUGGGACCACAGAUAGAUCACUUCCUCUUAAUGGUUUGGAAAGGACUUUGUACACCAACUCUAAAUCUGUCAUUCAAUAAAAACACAUACAGAGCCCUUUAAUUUAAUCUUUACUGCCAGCUGAUUGUAAUCUUGUGUUACUUUCUGAAUGUGGUGGUGAAACAAUAUCUAACAUUAUUUGUGUUGCAUUUUCUCUAUAUUCAUAUUUGGGGUUUUCAAGCUUUCAGGCAAUUCCCUGACUUUGUCCAUAAGGAAGCGAUUUUCCCCAGAAUUUCUACUGGGGUGCAAAUUAUGUGUUGCCUCAGAGAAGAUUUGCUGCUUUUAAGGCUAAAGUAAGGGAAUAAAAGUCUGUGUGCACAGUGACCACCACAGAUUACAUGAAAGGACGGCCAUUGCACAACUAACUUCAGCCUUACUCUGCUAGACUAUCAGAAUACAGUAAAUCCCCCAUUCUGUAAAAAGAGUAUAUCUGCAGAAAGGAGUAUCUGAAAUAAGAUUUUUUUUUUAAGUAAAAGCAAUUUAAAAGGUCAGUAUACAAGAGAUCUACAGGGUGUUAGAAAUAUCAUAUGUGAGAACAAAUAAUGGUGAGAACAUGUUUGACACUGUGAAUUCUUUAGGUAUGCUCAUUGCAUUAGUUUCAAUUAAGCUUUAUUUAUACAGUGCCAAAUCACAGCGUCAGUGCUUUUUAUAUUGUAAGGUAAAGACCCAACAAUAAUACAUUCUUGGUGAGGGGAAAGAGCAGAGAGAGAUGGGACAAGAGACAAACUAUAGUGAUAAUGUAAAUAGAUCUAAUCCCAGCACAGAACCCUGUGGAACUCCAAUCACUGCAGCCCGGUACCUUUAAUACCUGUGGCCUGUUCUAAUCUCUAUUUGUGAUUAGAACAGAUCAUAUGUCUGUGUCACAUGAUCUGGAAUUGACCAUUUCAAUUCAAUUCAAUUUCAAUUCAAUUCAAUUUUAUUUAUAUAGCGCCAAAUCACAACAUAAGUCGCCUCAAGGCGCUUCAUAGAUACGUACCUGUCAGUGAUAAAGUACCUUAUAUAGUGCUAGAAGUUUACAGUUUUAAGGCCAGACUACCCUGUGGGAUUAUAUCCGUGAAGACUACGUGCAGUAUAAGGACCUAGAUUUUGCUACUCCUGAUCAGAGAAUAAGCAAGCCAAAAAUCUUCAAACAGACAUGUGCUACUUCACACCUGGGUACCAUCGCAAAACAUCUUGGAUACAUUUACCGUAAAUAAUGUGAGCCUCCAUUGUUACUGGAUGCUAGUGUUUACUGAAUGACAGUUUAGGGUUGGUGUGUGAACAUGAGUUCGUAUUUAUUUCUUACUGCCAGAUAUUUUUUAAUUGAAAAAAUAAUAAUAUACAGGCAAACUGAUGUGGAGUUUGAAAUAAUCUGAGUGACUAAGUGUAAGAAACACUCCAGGCCUGUUAGGUGCUCCCUGAUGAGGACACGGACACUGGAAACAGGAGGGUUAGAGGAAGGAAAGGACAAUAUUUGGGGGGAAAGAUGAUGGAAGUAAAGAAAGAAAAAUUGCUGAUUUGUCAAAGACCGAUGUGAGGGAUCGAAAUUCAAUCAUUCUGCUUAAUUUAUUUCAUUAUAUUGUGUAAAGAAGCUGUUCACAGAAGGCAGCAGACUGAAAUGUUCCACUGCCAUAUUACAUAUUGUAAUUAAAUAUGGUAAAAUGCAAAAAACAUGACCUAAGUGGUGCUACUUUUUUCAAAUACAGUAUACAACGUUAAUGACUGUGACAAAUAUUUAUUAUCCUUCUGACUAGAGCGAAGGGAAGAGAUCAUGAUGUUCGUCUGGGGACUGAAGAUGAUUUUUGUCAUUUCUGAGUGUUUUUAAAGACCACAAAGCUGGACAUGUAGAAAAUACAAUGCUAAUGUUAUUUAGCAUUGCACUCCCAUUAAUGUUAUGGGUACUCGUUCUCCUUAUUUAAAUAUCUAAAUAUCUUCUUUUCUAAAAAAGAAAAAAAGAAUAGUUGCACAAAAGUGUGGCUUGGAAGUGGAAGAGUGGAGUGCUCCACGUUUUGAAUUUUCAACAACAGGCUGAUACAAGUUAAG